CAUAUUAGUUACUCGUCCAACAGUUCCGCGUUUUAAUGUUAACGAAUAUAAGCUCAAUAAUAUUUUUAUUCUAUGCAGCAAAGUUUUAAUUAAUAUUAAUAAUUGUAUCUUGUAAUGUGAAAAGUGUAAAACGUACAUACUGAAAAAGAAAUAUGAAGGUGAGCUCUAAAACUUUAAAUUGGCCUUGUGAGAAGUGUGAAAAACACGCCUGCAAAAACGAUAGCAAAGAGUUCAGUAGUACUGUAAAUAAAGGCGUCGAAAAAUUACUCGCAGAAAGUAUCGGCCCACUAGAAUGCAUUUACUGGUAUUUAUUGACAUCUUUCAUGAUUAUUUCCGUCAUACUAUUGACUGUUUAUAUUGUGAUCGAGUACGAAUAUCACUUUGAAUCGAAUUCAGUACCUGAAGCUUCAUUUCUAGUCAAUUCAAUGCCAUCCCAAGUAUUUGGUACAGACACUGAUUUAUGCGUUGGCGUUUCUGAAAUUCCAAACUUAUCAGAAAACACGAGGAAUGCGAAUCGACGGUUAUCUAAACUCAUUUCACUGGAAGUCGGCUCUACUGAUGUUCACUAUGUGUUUAUAAACGACACGUCGAUACCAAAUUGGUUGUCCAUAUGUUCCCUAGAGUCUGCUCUAGAAGCUAUAGGCGAAAAAAGCAAAGUUAACGUAUUCUUAGUGCACAAAACUACAGAAUUACACGAACAUAGGCAACUUAAACGAAGAUCGAAUCAACUGUCGGCCAGCUUGGAAAAACUAGCAACAGCGUACGGUGAAAAAUUGAACAUAUUCAACAUCGACUUGGACGAGUGCCUGGAGUAUUCGCCGUUAACAGGAUUGAAUUUGAGCAAACAACCCAAGCUAGCCAAGUUUGCUGUUGAAUUAAUGUUGUUAUGGCACUAUGGCGGCACCGUGUUGGACGACGGUAUGGUGGCUGUUCGGGGCGAGAUAUACCGAGCGUCCGGCACCGCUGUUGAAUAUGGCAACCGGGAAAUCAGUUCUCCCGUGGCAUGUCACGCAUUCAUUUUUAAUGUCAUGUUAUGUAUUAAGGAUUUCAUACUUCAUGACAAAAUACCCUUUAAUCUGGGAAUGGGUAAACGAGUCAUCGAAAAAACAAUACAAGUUUUUCAACAUACAAAUAAAGAUGCUCUAUCACUAAACGAACAGAUUGUAUGCAAAAAUGGACUAGUUAACAAUAAUUGUUAUUACAUGGAAACGCUUGGAGAUCGUUUGUAUGCUCAUGAAUUUUGUCCGAUUACAAGUAAUACACCUCUCCCGAAAAAUCAUAAAAUCGUUCCCAGGGUAACAGCAUAAUGUCAACAUUUAUGUUAGAAUAUUAUUUAGUUAUAAAGCGCAGAUUUUGUUGAGAGGAAACUACGAACUUAUCAAGAAUUUAAAUUCGGGAAGUUGCAAUAAAUUAUUUAUUUAGGAUUCUAAAAGUAUAUAAUUUACCUUUAUGUCUCUUAAAUAGUUUACAAAAGUGAACAUUUUAAAAAUCAAUUAACUUUUUGAAGAAAAAAAAACUAUUGCUGCUACUCUAUUUAAUCUGAUGUAGGACUGUUUGAUCUAAUCUACAUAUGGAGUUAUAUUCUUCUAAUUGCAUUGAUAAGGCGUACAUUUUUACACGUUUUAAAAAAUUUAACAAUUGUGAUAAAAGCACAUAAUUAUUGUGAACAAAUACUCAUAAUUAUUCAAAAGUCGUCAAGUAUACAUGUUUACUGCUAAAUAAAAUUUUUUUAAAUAUGUUAAAAUUUAACUUAAUAUCUUGAUGAAAAAUUGUAUCGUUCAAUACAAUAAUUGAAUAGACAAGAUCUCAUCACAUUCAACUAAGUAUAUAUUUUUAUUCAGGUUUGAUCCCAUAAAUAUUUUCAUUACAGUUAUUUUAGGUAAAAACAAAGAAACGAAAAUCCUCGUUAAAUUGUUUACUCGAGAAAAAAAUUUAUGUGCUACAGUUGCCAUCUUUCAGGUUUUCGCAAAAUUUAUAUUAAUAAUGUAAUUAAUUAGAAAAUAAAAUAUAAAGACUUAUAUGAGUUGUCAAGUUAUUAAUACAAUGUGAAUACACUGGAUCGACUAAGGAAAAGUACAAUAGGCAAGGUAUUCUGGAUUCCACGAUGAAUAAAAACGAAAGUCCUUUUUUUUAGUUACAUGAAAGACCUAAUUAGGGAAACAAAUUAUAUUUUUUUUAUAAAUUAUGAAGUUAAAUUAGAAACAUUUUUUAGAUGAUUAGUUUAUUAUUAUAUUACUUACAAUAAUGCAGGUUUCUUUAGCUUCGAUACUGUAGUUUAAGUAAAUUAUAUUUUAAUAUUGUUAUUUACUAAAAAUGUUUUUUUACUAUUUUUAGCCUAAGAAGUAUUAUUAUUUAGAAAUUAAUUUGAAUAAACACCUUUAACACUCAAGUACAGUAAAUAAUUGACAUACAUAAAAACAUAAAACUUUAAAAGAAAAUAAUAAUUGUUCAAUGAAAAAAAAAAACAA